AUGGAAGAAGUUCGCGUCAUCUCUACAUGUACAAUUCGACCGGCGAGAUCAGAAGGCCGUGACGACUCAACUCAGAGGAUUGAGUUAACACCAUGGGACCUCCAGCUCCUUGCAGUUGGCCCAAUCCAAAAGGGUCUCCUCCUCCCCAAACCCCAGCCUCAAAACGAAAAAGAACUAACAGAAGACAUGUCUCUCAUUGAUCAUCUGAAAGCCUCACUCUCUCGCACCCUAGACUACUUCUCACCCCUCGCCGGCCGCCUCGCCGUCACUAAACACACCGACAACACUACUUCCUUCUUCAUCGACUGCAACGACGCGGGAGUUCAGUUCACUCACGCCGCUGCGAACGACCUUACUGUCUCCGAUAUUCUCAAGCCAUUGUACGUGCCCGGUAUAGUUCAUUCCUUCUUCCCCAUGAAUGGAGUUCUCAACCAUGAAGGCGUUACGAAUCCUUUGGUGGCAGUCCAGGUAACAGAGCUCAUUGAUGGCUUCUUCAUUGGGUGCACCAUGAACCACUCCGUAGCAGACGGGACAUCUUUCUGGCUGUUUUUUAAUUCAUGGUCUGAGAUAUCUCGUGGUCUGAAUCGUCAUCUGUCCAAACCUCCUGUUCUUGAACGUUGGUUUCCAGAUGGUAUCGAUUUUCCCAUUCCUACUCCUUUUUGUGACGAAAAACUGGUUGACACAUUCGUUCGAACACCAACNAAUUUUCCCAUUCCUACUUCUUUUUGUGACGAAAAACUGGUUGACACAUUCGUUCCAACACCAACCCAAGAAAGGGUUUUUCAUUUUAGCAAACAGAUUAUUGGCAAACUCAAAGCACAAGCCAACGCCGAAAUGAGUACCGAUCGAAUCUCCUCUCUUCAAGCCCUUUUGGCUCACGUUUGGCGAUCUGUCAUACGCUGUCGCAAGGUCACCGGAGACCGAGAAGCUAUAUUUGGAUUUCCAAUAGGAGCUAGACAACGGUUGCUUCCGCCUCUACCGGAGAAAUAUUUUGGUAACGCCGUUCAGUAUGAGGCCGUAGCCACUACCGCCGGCGAGCUGAUGGAACAAGGACUGGGCAGGACGGCUCUGCAAACGAACAAGAUGAUUGCUCUGCAAACCCAUGAAAAAGUAAGGAAUUUUUACGAGAAUUGGGUGAAGAACCCUAGGCUGGUGAAGAUGGGUACUCUGCUGAAUACUUCAUUGACAACGAGUAGCUCGCCGCGGCACAAUGUGUACGGGAAUGACUUCGGUUGGGGCAAACCGUUGGCCGUACGAAGCGGUGGAGCGAACAAGUCCGACGGGAAGAUAACAAUUUUUCCGGGGGUGGAAGAAGGGAGUAUAGACAUUGAGGUUUGUCUUAUGCCGGAAACAUUGAGCGCUUUGAGGGAUGAUUCAGAGUUCAUGGAGGCUCUGAGCUUCCGAGGUUUGUUGCACCUUUGCCAAUGCUCACUGCCUGUUGGGAUCCAUGUGCUAAUGUAA